AUGGCCUCUGAACUUCCUCCCAACGCUCUGGGCAACCUUGCCUCUUCCAUCAAGAACAUCGUCACUGGUGUACCCUUGGAGGAGCAAUCCGAGAACGAGGUGCAAGCCACCAACGUUGACAAGACCAAGACUCUCGAUAGAACCGUCGACAAGACUGUCGAGACCACCGAUGAUGCUACCGUCCACAAGGAAAAGACAGCACCAGUCGUUCACGAGGAUGUCAAGUCCCACCAGCAUGAAAAGGUCGACACCGAGGUUGACCACGAAAUCCACCAGGAUCAUUUCCACACCACCAUCCAGCCUGUGAAGGACAGGAACGUUCUCCCUACCAAGCAUGUCUACAAGGAGAACGAGUUUGAGGAGGAGAUUGACCAUCGCAACAACGAAGCCAUGAUGCAGGCCAAGCAAGAGGCUGCCAGAAUUCACGACGAGAAGAACGUCCAUGACACUACCAAGUCAAAGGAGUAUGUUCCUACCAAGGAGCAGGAGCAUGUUCACCAUCACCUUCACGAGACUAUUCAACCUGUCAUUGAGCGAGAGACUGUUCAACAAAAGGUCAUCCACACCAAGAACAAGAUCCACGAGAAGGAACAGUUGAACGACGAAUUCCACGAGGCCAGUGUUGCACCCGCUAUUUCUAUGGCCGAGUUCGAGAAAGAGGGUGGCGUCAAGAGCGGUACUACUACCACCAAGGACAUUGAGUUCCCCGUGUCCAGCGUCAAGUCCUCAAAGAAGAGAGAGGCUCUGACUGGCGAUGUUGAUGAGUCUUCCAAAAUUGAAUCUAUCUAG